CAAGUCAUAAUACUUGGUCAACACGCGAUACUCUUGAGCUAACGCCGGGGGAAUCCGACCUAAGUGACGAACUCUCGAAUCAUGACCGCUUCUUCGUGAAUAAGUAUAUAUAUAUAUACACGUACUCCCUCUCAUUUAUUUGAUUACCACAUAACCAUAUCUCCUAUUUUCUUUCAAUAACCAAACCAAAAAAAAAGAACAGGAACUUUUUGUAAUACUUUGUCGGUACAACUUAGAAGGAGAAAAGUAAGAUAAAAUGAGAAGAGUUAGUUGGUCUACUGUUUUGAUCGUGGUGUUGAUGGUGGCGUUGUUUGUGGUAGAACACGUGGUGGUUCCAGCUGCGGCGGGAAGGGUUCUAUCAGACAAAUCUGAUAACGGAAGUGCGAGGAUGACGGUGGAGCAGAUGAAGUCGACGGUGGAUUCGUGGUUUCAACGUCUGGCGUCCGGUCCGAGUCCAAGAGGCCGAGGCCAUUAAAUUACUUUCUUUCUUUUUUGGUUCUGGUUGGAGGAGAUUAAUGAAUCUCGAUAUACCAGAAGCUAAGCUGUAUUCCAUUCAUUUGUUUCUUUAUUUGUUUUUUGUUUAGUUCUUUAGGCAAAAUUUAUAUAUGUAGUGACAGAAACUAAAACCCUCAAUAUACAUGUACAUGUUUUUUACUUUUGUUGGUUGCUACCAUAGUUUUAAUAAGAUUUUUAUUCAUCUGGUU